GAAGACAAAAAAACAGAUGAGAAGGAGGAGCUCUGCAAUUGGGAAAUUGCAAGCUCAUCAAUCACCAUCAUCACCCCCAGCACAACUGGUCGUACGAACGGAUUCGCCAUUCCAAUUCGCCCCCAAAUCUUCUCCUCCGGCAACCUCUCCGCGGGGGCCAAUUGGAAGUUGAAUUCAGGAGGUGCUUGCUCACGGGUGCUUGUCCGCUUUUUCAGUACGGACAAAUCGAUCAUUGGUGGCUUGAGUUGAGAUUAUAGUCUCCGACUUACGGAAAAUGUACCGUACUGUGGCCACUGCCACAACUGUUGGUGGAUUACCAACUGAUAGUGGGGAAUAUGUUGUGAGUUUGGAUCAGGUUCCACGGUGGAGUGAUACAGAAUAUAGAUCGUCCUUGGAUUGUGAAAAUGAAGAUCCUUCGUUUUCUAACUCAUAUUUUGCUGAUCCUCUGACGUCAUAUUCUGAAAUUACUGGCAAUGGGAUGCUAUCGAGGUUUCCGGUGGAACAUGAAAUUAACUCAAAGAUAUAUCUGUGGAGGGGAAACCCAUGGAAUCUGGAGGUGGAUGCAGUCGUUAAUUCUACGAACGAGAGUAUGGAUGAAGCACACAGUAGUGCUGGUUUACAUGCUGCUGCUGGGCCUGGUCUCGCUGAAGAAUGUGCGACACUGGGGGGAUGUCGGACUGGAAUGGCAAAAGUUACACAUGCAUAUGAUCUUCCUGCAAGGAGGGUGAUUCAUACUGUUGGUCCCAAAUAUGCUGUGAAAUAUCAUACUGCUGCUGAAAAUGCAUUAAGUCAUUGUUACCGCGCUUGCCUUGAACUUCUUAUUGAUAAUGGGCUUCAAAGCAUUGCCAUGGGUUGCAUAUACACAGACUCAAAGAAUUAUCCACGUGAGCCAGCAGCACAUGUGGCUAUAAGGACUGUUCGCCGUUUUCUCGAGAAGCAAAAGGACAAAAUUAAAGCAGUUGUUUUUUGCACCACGACUGCAGUUGACACAGAGAUCUAUAAAAGACUGCUUCCACUUUACUUUCCCCGAGAUAAACACGAGGAGGAGGUAGCCAUUUCCAAGCUUCCUGCAGAUGUUGGGGAUGAAAAUGGUGAGACAAUUAUUGAUGAACGUAAAAUCCGAAUCAAGCCUUUGCCAAAGAAGGCUAUACCCAAACCUCCACGAGCACCUGAGGAUCCUCCCGUCAGUGAUGUCGGCUUGGUUAGAAGGAAUUCUUCGUAUUUGGACUCAUACUUGGAUCCUGCUUUCAUGUCAUUGAUUAAAGAUCCAGAUCAGCGGCGAAAGGAGCAAUGGGAAAAAACUGCCCAAGCACAGAGUGGCUGGAAUUGUGCUAGAUUGCUUGGAUUGGGUGAUCUCGGAGGGCCUCCUUUAUCCGUUGCUGAAGAAUACUCGCUUCAUUCUAGAUACCUCUCUAAAGCCAAUUCUAUCAAUCUAUCUGAAAUCGCGGAGAUGAAGAUUGUUUACCGAGGUGGGGUGGACAGUGAGGGACGCCCUGUGAUGGUAGUUGUGGGAGCACACUUUCUGCUGCGCUGUCUUGAUCUAGAAAGAUUUGUCCUCUAUAUUGUAAAGGAAUUCGAGCCGGUGAUAAAGAAACCUUACACUAUUGUAUACUUCCAUUCUGCAGCAUCUUUGCAGCUUCAACCUGAUCUGGGAUGGAUAAGGCGGUUGCAACAGAUACUCGGUCGUAAGCACCAGCGUAAUUUGCAUGCAAUCUAUGUUCUUCACCCAACUUUUCACCUAAAGACCACAAUUUUUGCCUUGCAGUUGUUUGUAGACAAUGUGGUGUGGAAGAAAGUGGUUUACGUUGAUCGACUUCUGCAAUUAUUCAGAUAUGUUCCUCGUGAGCAGUUGACAAUACCCGAUUUUGUAUUCCAGCACGAUUUAGAAGUGAACGGUGGCAAGGGUCUUAUUGUGGAUCCCAGAACCAAAUACGUGUAUCAGCGACCAUAGUAAUACCAACUACAGUUUGAUUGGGCGACAAGCAGCGGCACAAUUCUCUCUCUCUCUCUCAAGCUGGGCUUGCUGCGUCAUCGUCGAACAGCUGUGUACAAAAUCAUAAGCUGUUGUUUAUUCUUUCUUCCCCUCAUCCUCUGUAAGUGUUUUUAGAUUGUCAAUUUGUUGACAGAAAAUAGAAUAAAGUUUCUUUGUUUCUUGUUGUAUCCUGGAUGAAUGAGCUAUGAGAUUUGAAAAUAGUUUUGCUUUC